AUGAACAUGCGUCAAACCUGUCCACUGGACCACUAUCAGCACGGGGGAUGGAGUGGACCCUGGCUCACCGUAAAUAAUGCCGCGGACAAAACCUGGGUCCCCGUUUCUGAGACCCACAUGAUUGUAUCCAGAUCCUCUGAUGGCAGGGGUUUACUCGCUUUGAAGGAUUUCGACGAUGCUUCUGAUAAUGAGACUUACCGCGGUAAUUUCAAAUCCAUAUACUUUGCUGUACCGCCCUACCUAGAUAGCAUUCUACCGGUACUUAACCAGCGCCAAACAGUCGUGACUCAGGGUAAAUGUGUUGAAAUUAGGUCUCCUCCAUUAAUGGAAAACAAGGAUGUGAGAGUACGAUCCACAGAUCCCGUGGGGACGCGACCAUCUGAAGAGAUUAUCAAUGCUUCUGGACAUGACAGGAGCUGGAUAUUGCUGUCGCGAUUUGUUACUGGAUUUCUUCCACCUCCAUUGAGGAAUUGGCUUCCUCAAUACCGUCAGGCUGGAGCCGGUCGUUUCGGCUGUCCAGUCAGCUGGUUCGCCGGCUAUUGGAAUUGCCUCGCAUGGGUAUUUGGCGCUGCCUCCAUGUCCUCGGUUCUCGCCAACAAGAUUGUAUCGAUGUACAUGUUUUUCCAUCCAGAGCUGAGUCACAGGGCUGCCGCUCCUUCAUCAGCUAUAUCAUUUGCACGUGGUUAUGCCGCUGCAUCGUUUUGCUCGCCAACGGAACCUUGCCUGCCAUCAGCAAUCUGCAAGUCACACCACGGAGAUGCAAUCAGCCUUCUCAUUGUCGUGUGUCUCCUCCCCCCACCCCAAAUACCUUGCAUCGGCUGCUACAUCACGGCCGGCCGCACUUUCUGGACCCUGGCCCACGACAAUACCACGCCAUUCAGCCGCACCUUUCACAACACCUUCAAUGCCACGGUAACCUGCGGUUGCCUCAUAACAAACUUAGGCUGCAUCUGUGUCGGCUCAACGACCGCAUUCAGCACGCUGGUCGGCUCGUUCGUUCAUUUCUCGUCGCUAUCAUACAUUACCGCAAUUCUACCACACCUUCCUAGUGGGCGAUCUGGGAUCCGACUGGGUUAUUUUCUUCAUGUGCGGCUGGAUGCGAAUCGUGAAUGCGCUUGCGUGUUUGAGUUGGCUGAUAUCGAAGCUCCCAAGACCAAUCUAUUAUCAUCGCUAUCGACACAGUCUUCGACACUUCCCGAGAAACCACUACCGUCCACCUUUCUUAUGCAACUGGAGGACAAAAUCGAGACCUCCCUAUUGACAUCUGGCCCCAGAAUUAGAAAUCACGCCUCUGAAGCGCUGAGGCAAGAUUUUCUGACAUUAGACAUUCAAUCACAGCUGGAGCCAGCAUUCAUUUCAAAUAAUCUACAAGGCAUCGUCCCACGCGCAGCAUCAUCUGCAACUACCACUAACUAUAUAACACUGGCACCCUCAUUGCUGUCAGGAACAACAACUGCUGCUGUCACUGACGUUUUCAUUUCAUGGACCAUAGAUGGUAUUGACGCCCUCAUUCGCUCUACAUCCGGCCGUCCCAUAUGGACCACAUUUCUCAUCAUCACGACGCUAGCAAUUCUUUUCCUUAUCUCAGUUCUAAUUGUGGAGGUGACGGAUUUCCUCUGGACCUUUGCCAGAUCGGGAUUGUCGUGGCUGCGGUCAAAUUGCUCGUGGUGGAGGCGGCAGCGGGCUAUUCGUCUCUCUGGGGCGGAGAGACGACUUAUUGCAGUCCCUACAGCAGACAGUGAUGAAAAGAGAGUUGGAAAGAGUUAUGUUGAGUUUUGCGAAGUCGAGCUGUGCUAA